GCAUUUGCGUAAUUUGUUUUGUCAAACGCGUUAAACGCUUGACAUCUCUGGCUGUCUGUCGUGUCGUUCUCAUUCGCGGUGUAUUGAAUGACGUGAUCUCCAGUUUAUUUCAGCAGAGGACAUGCGGUUAUGGGCAACGCUUUGUUGAGCAGGAUCCUCGGCUAGAAUAAAACACCUCUAAGAACUGAGCGAGGCAUUGAGAGAGGACGAUUACAGUGGAUUUAAUGACACUCCAUCAAAACAUCACAUUCUGAUCAGAAGAGACAUGGAUGGAUACCUGCCGCCUCAGUUUCAAGCGUUGUCAGACCAUAAGAAGUUUUGUCAAGACAAUUCCAUGACGAUGGACCAAGGCACACCUUACAGCAUAAACAUGAAUGUUUAUUUACCAGACGCCACCUACCUACGGACCGGCAUGUGUAGACCUGUGAGGUCUGCGGCACCACAGAUAAAGUCGGAACCUCUGCAUUCGUCUUUCAACUACUCCAGUUGCCAGGGCUCGGUAGCGUCCACCAUGACGCACCCAGAGUACACAAACCUCUACAGCCCAGCUGUGGAAACGGGUAGCAAUGUUUACAUCAAGCAUGAGACGCCAUCCCUCGAGUUCCCAGACGUUCCACUUUUUCAGCUGUUGAAUUCGGAGCUCGAGCCCAGUGUGCCUGGUGGCCACUCUUGCACAGAUUCCCACAAUGCCACAUGCCAUCCAAUGCCGACGUAUAACAGCAUUCACCCACAACCCAGCCAUAUUGCAGAAAGACCGCUUUGUAAUAUGAGCAGCAGUGGAUAUUCGCUACCUGCCCAGUUUGGUCAGCAUCCUCAGAAGAGGGCAGCCUAUCUACCACCCUCCCCUCCAAACUCAGAACCGGGCAGCCCUGACAGGAGGAAAGAACUCAUACAGAACUUAUCGCCACCUCCAUCAUAUGCUGCCAGCAUGGCAUCUAAAAUGGCAGGUCUUACCCCUGGACCAGCACUUUCUGUCCAAACACAAGCAGUACCUGCCCAAUACAACCGCAGAAACAAUCCCGAUCUAGACAAAAGGAGAAUACAUCACUGUGAUGUACCAGGAUGUAAGAAGGUCUACACCAAGUCCUCACAUUUGAAGGCUCAUUUACGUACUCACACAGGCGAAAAGCCAUACAAGUGCUCAUGGGAGGGGUGCGACUGGCGAUUCGCCCGCUCUGACGAGCUAACGCGCCACUUCAGGAAGCACACAGGGGCCAAACCUUUCCAGUGCGCCGUAUGUAGCCGUUGCUUCUCCCGAUCGGACCACCUGGCCCUCCACAUGAAAAGACACCAGAACUAGAGCCGCCCGCUCUCGUUGUUCUGACGGUGCCGUGGGAGGGCUAUCAGGACCUCUGUUGAUGAUACUAAUUAGGAUUUGGGUGUGUUGGUUAAUCUUGGGUUUUGGCAGUUCAUCAGGUACAACAGGACCAAACCCUGUCGUCGGUACGGCUCCUGUGGUCACAAAACCAGCUAAUUGAUGAGAACUUGGCUCAUUUGCCAGAUGGGACAUUCUUUUGACAUGUUUGUUUGUUUCUUUGUUUGUCUGCAUACUUAGAGAUCUUCUUUUAUGACUACUUUUAAUGUGCCUUUUUUACCUUGUAGAAUUGAGGUGCCACAUAAAAUGUACAAUGUUCAAGGACUUGUGGGCCGUUUUAAUCUUCUUCAAAGCAAUAUUCCAGGUUUAAUACAAUUUACAAUUAGUUGACAUCAUUUGUGGCAUAAUGUUGAUCAUGUUAAAAAAAUAUUGUUUACAUCUUGUGGCUAUACUAUUGAAACAUUGAACAUUUUAAUAUUUACAAGAUUGGCCCCAUUCACUUCUACUGUAAUUGUUCACUGUAAACCAGAUUUUGAAAGUUGAAAUACAUUUUUGUGGUAAUCUGCAUUAUGCCACAAAUUCUAUCAACUGAGUUGAACUUUUAUUGAACCCAGAAUAUUCCUGUAAAUGACUAUUCCUACUUGUAUCACAAGGUAAAUCAUAAAAUGAGCUGUAGUCUUGGUUGUAGAACCAAACUGAAGAACAGUCACGAGAAUGUGAGCCACAAAUGCAGAGUCACAAUGAAUUAACGUCUCAAGCAGCACUUGAUAAGAAACGUCAGAAAUUUGUGCAGGAGUCAUCGGGUAAUUAGAAAAUUAAAUGUAGCUUCAGAGCACCAAAGAGUUGGAUGAAGUCCAAAAUAUAUGUUUCGAAGAUGAUUCGCUUUACGUAGGCAAAAUGUUUGAAAGAGCACAAUCUGAACAUCGAUGGAACUCCUAUAUGUUAAUUCCUGUGUUUUACUGAAAUGCAACAAGUGGUACAAAUGCUGUAUUUUUCCUGGCAAGACGACAGGUUGGAUAUCGAUUACUUCCAUAGUUGUUUAUUUUCCUUACUAUGCAUUUGCUUGGGAUAAAUAAUAGCUUUAAAUGUACACAUGACGUGUAUUUAUUUUGCACAGAUUUUUUUUAUUAGUAUUUUAUAAAAUGUAACUCAGCGCUCACAUGAAAUGUGCACCGAGUUACUGGGAAGUGGUUUUAGAAAUCUUUGGUCAAACUAAUAAUGCUCUAAAUGGCCGCAUUAUGUGGAACAAUGUGGCAGCUGAUUGUUUACAUUAGUUGGUUUGGCUUAUGAUGUGUGUUACAUCUGUAUGUGUGGCCCCAUAAAACCUCUUAUUUUCCAUUACAGUGAUAAAAAUAA